AUGAUCGUAGAAAGAGAAUAGUUCUUUUCAUAUGAAUAAAUUGAAAGUGAUUAGUUCUUCCCCUCUUAUAUUGUAGUCAGAAGACUAUUGAAUUCUGGUGAUAAUGAUGGGGGAGAAUGGCAAGGAUUUAUGAAGGAUUUGAAAAAUGCAAUCAGAACUGCUUCAAUUAAAUCUAAGAACGAGAUUAUUAAAAACUAAGCUCAACUUCAAAAAAUUCCAAGUACUCUAGCUGAGUAGAAUUUUAAAAUUGAAUCUUACUAAAAGAAUGUUCAGUGUGAUCUGGACCAACUUAAGACUGAUAUUGGCUCAGUUAAAUAUGCUCUUGAUUCUCUUUAAUCCACCUAGGAUUAAAAACUUGUUAGACUCGAAAGUGAUAUGACAAGCAUUAAGGAAUCAAUGGCUUUAAUCCUUUAGAAGCUCUAAGAGUGA